GCUCCGCAGGCCGAGUCUCCAGCGCUGCCGCCGCCAGAGUCAGACCCGGAGCCGGAGCGGGCUGAGCCGCCGAGGCAAGAUGGUGGACUAUAGCGUGUGGGACCACAUCGAGGUGUCUGACGAUGAGGACGAGACGCACCCCAACAUCGACACGGCCAGCCUCUUCCGCUGGCGGCACCAGGCCCGGGUGGAGCGCAUGGAGCAGUUCCAGAAGGAGAAGGAGGAGCUGGACAGGGGCUGCCGCGAGUGCAGGCGCAAGGUGGCUGAGUGCCAGCGGAAGCUGAAGGAGCUGGAGGUGGCCGAGGGCGAGGGCAGCAAGCUGGAGCUGGAGCGGCUGCAGGCCGAGGCUCAGCAGCUGCGCAAGGAGGAGCGGAGCUGGGAGCAGAAACUGGAGGAGAUGCGCAAGAAGGAGAAGAGCAUGCCCUGGAAUGUGGACACGCUCAGCAAGGAUGGCUUCAGCAAGAGCAUGGUCAAUACCAAGCCAGAGCAGGCGGAGGAGGAGUCGGAGGAGGUGAGGGAGCAGAAACACAAAACCUUCGUGGAGAAGUACGAGAAACAGAUCAAGCACUUCGGCAUGCUCCGCCGCUGGGACGACAGCCAGAAGUAUCUAUCAGACAAUGUCCAUCUGGUGUGUGAGGAGACGGCCAACUACCUAGUCAUCUGGUGCAUUGACCUAGAGGUGGAGGAGAAAUGCGCACUCAUGGAGCAGGUGGCCCACCAGACCAUUGUCAUGCAGUUCAUCCUGGAGCUGGCCAAGAGCCUGAAGGUGGAUCCCCGGGCCUGCUUCCGGCAGUUCUUCACUAAGAUCAAGACAGCCGACCGCCAGUACAUGGAGGGCUUCAACGAUGAACUCGAGGCAUUCAAGGAGCGUGUGCGGGGCCGCGCCAAGCUGCGCAUCGAGAAGGCCAUGAAGGAGUACGAGGAGGAGGAGCGCAAGAAGCGGCUGGGCCCGGGCGGCUUGGACCCCGUUGAAGUCUAUGAGUCUCUCCCUGAGGAGCUCCAGAAAUGCUUUGACGUGAAGGACGUGCAGAUGCUCCAAGAUGCCAUCAGCAAGAUGGACCCCACCGAUGCGAAGUACCACAUGCAGCGCUGCAUCGACUCCGGCCUCUGGGUCCCCAACUCCAAGUCCAGCGAGGCCAAGGAUGGGGAGGAGGCGGGCCCCGGGGACCCCUUGCUGGAAGCCGGCCCCAAGCCAGGCGACAAGAAGGAUGUCAGCGCCUGACGCGCCCCAGCUGCUGCCCACCUGCCUGCAGGCCCCUGUGUGCCCCUUUUCAGAAAACAAAAAUAGAUGCCAUCUCCCCAGCUCCUGGCUUCCUCCAUUUUCCCUGCUCCCGCCCAGCCUGGGGCCGGGAGAAGGCCUGUCCCCACCCCCACUACCCCCACCUCCAGUGCUCAUCCAAGUCUCUGCUUUGAGUCAAGGGGCUUCACUGUCUGCAGGAUGUUACCCCCUCCCCAAUCAGCAUUAUGCCAAAGGCCUGGGGGUCCAGGGAGGGGCGGAGGUUGCUAGGCUGGUCCAUGAGGUGGGGGGAGGGUCUCCAGCCCAGAGGCCUGCUCCAGUCACCAUGGGCUCUGUUUUCACUGUUCAUCUGCUGUCGAGACUUCUAUAUGGUAAACAGCAAUGAUCUUCCAAUAAAGGAUUUCAGAUGCUCAGGGGGGCGUUUCGAGGGCUGUUGACACAGCUCUUCUCUUGGAGUGGGAGGGAAACCCAGUGAGUGUUGGAGGCCUGGCCUGUGAUGCCUCAGGCUUUAUUCUCGAGCUGUCUGGGCAGCUCCCUCUAUUAUGAUUCUAGGUUCUUGCAUGUGCUAUUCCACUGCCUAGAACAUUCUUCCCCAGGAUUCCUUUACAUCGGAGUUCUCGGCCCCACCCCUCCACUCUUUGGCUUGUCCCCCAAGCCUCCCUGCCACUGCCCAUUCAGGAGCAUCUUUCAUCUCUGACCACUGCCCUUUGCGUCCAUGGUCUCCACCCUGGUCCAGAUCCCCAUCCCCUCUGGCCUGCAGCCCGCCCCAACCUCUUCCCCGUCUCCCCCCUUCCCCAUCAGACCCCAAUAGACAGUAACUGGAGGGUAGUCGUGAACACGUGAGUCAAGACACAUACCUCCCUGAGCAUAAGCCCAAAGUCUUUGCUCUGGGUAGCUCACAAAGGCCUGCACCAUCUGCCCGGGUCUCUCUGUGUCCUCCCCUCUGCUCACCCUCUCUCCCGCUCCCUCCUUGCGGGUCCUUGAGCACUUUAAAUUUCUCUCUAUCAAUGUGACCUUGGGCAGCUUACUCAGCCUCCACGUACCUCCCCCUCCACUGCACAAUGAGUAAUGUUAGUGCCUUUCUCCUGGGGGUAGUGCUAAAAUGAGAUCAUGCCACAGGCAAGCAGGGCGCCUGGCACUUAGAUGCCCAAAAUGUGGGCCUUGGCGUGUGCCUGUUUCUCUCCCCGAACACCCUUCCUGCAGCCCUUGUGGGGCUCCUUUAAAAAAUAAUAAUUGGGCCACAGGAAAGGGCCUAAAGAAUAGUAUGAUGAACAGGGACAUCAGUUUAGGAUAAACCAAGCAGCAAGGCCCUCUGCCUGCCCCUUCCAGGGUGCCUACCCCUUUCAGGGUGCCUACCCCACCCCUGGCAGCUGCUUGUCCCUCAGGCCAGAGCUCAGUGCCACCUCUUCCCUGGGACCGUCGGCCCACCUGAGUUGCCCCUCACACCGGGCCAGGCGGCUUGCCUCACCUGCCAUGUGCCAAGCUUUGCCGACCUGUAUGCUGUCUUCUCCCUCAUGCUGUUGAGCACCACCGGGGCACAAACAGUCUUCCGUGGUCCUGAGGUACUCACAGUACCCUGGAGGGGCCCUGGCCCUUGGGGGGCGCUCAGUAAACCUCUACUAAAGCAAAGAGCACCUAGAUGCUGUUGUGUGCAGGCUGAUGGCCGCCAGGGGGCACUGGUGAGCUGCAGCCCCUGCUGGCAUCCCCUAAAGGUUUUAUACGGUGGGAAUGGCAGGCGCAGAUCUGCAGGAUCUGCAGGGCUUGGAGAGGAGGAAGGCAUCUUAAGGCCCUGGGUAAACCUCGCCCAUCCAGGAUCUGUCCAGGAUUGGCAACUUCAUUAUUUACUGUGAAAACUUUCAAAGAUGGAAUCCAUAUUACUGGUUUUUCCUUUUGCCUCAGGCUCUAACAUAACUCAGCACUGUUAUGGAUUCUCUACUUAAAAUUUCAGUAUUUUGUUCAUGGGUGGUUUUUUUUUCCACAUUGUGCUUUUUAAAAAAUAUUGCAUUAAAGUAUUUAUCUUGG